AUAGUUGCUCAAGCUAAUGCUAAUUCUACUGCUAAGGCUAAUGAUAAGUCUACCCCUACCAACAGUAUUUAUAUUGUUAAUACUAUUAAUUUUACCUCCACACACUGCGUCCUUUCAUGAAUAAAGACCAUAAUAAAUCUGGUGUAGACUUAAACUAUUGCAGAUCAUUUUUUAUCAUGGUUUUAUGUUACCUAACCGUUGCACUAUGUGAUGCUUGUUCUUUCUGCUUGCCUUAACUUAUGUAUGUAUGCAAUGACUGCAAGUUGCAGAAUAAAGAUUACAAAAAAUGCAAAAAAAAUUGGUCUCUCUUCAGGCAACAUCGUUAAGCUGCGAUUUUGUUUGUGUUACCUGCAUUUGUGUUUGUGUGUUUUUAGCUUUACAUUUGAAUAACUUGGUGGUGUAACCUAACCAUAUUGAUGACCAUAACUUGAUUAUUACAUCGAUUAUUAUUCAUGUGUUAUUGUCAUUGAAGGGGGAGGACCAUUUUUACCUUAAUGACCUAGUUAUUCAACAUUAAUGGUUAUUCAACCAUAAUAAACCAUAUUCAUUCGAUUAAUAUUGCUAUUAUGUUCAUUGUUUAGUUGAAGGGAGAAACUAGUUAAAAAACUGAAGUGAAUUACCUUUCCCCCCCCCAUUUCAGUAUAUCAGGGAUAGCACGUCACCUCCGCCGCUCGCCACCGGAAGUAGGGUUAAUUUUUAUUCACAGGAAAAAAAACACUCAGCUGUUGUUGGAAAAGAAAACAUCCAAAAUGCCUGCUUCCAAGAGGAGCUCAGAGUCCCACAGCCCCCAGGCUAAGAUGAUGAAGCUGGAGGUGGAUGACGAGGCUACUCCAGGUGAAUAUAACAGCUCACUUAAAGCAGAAGAUGAACAUGAGGGGGCAGAAGAUGCACACGAGGGGACAGUACCUCCAUGGACCAAGAAUAAAGAUCCUCCAACAGCGAAGGAGGAAGACGAGGAGGUUGCGUCUUUCCUCCAAGAAUCCAAACCGAGCCCUCGUCAGAACGACUCUGACCCUCCUCUUAAAAAAGCCAAGCUCUUUAUCGCCACAAGUGCCUCCUCUGGAACGGGCUCACCACAGAGCAUUGAGUCCAAGUCCUCUCAGAAGAGACCAGCCAGCACAGAACUUUCCAGAACUGCGUCCUCCGAUUCGGACGGUGAGACGCAGACAGAUGCUGGUGACUUGUCCCUGUGCGUCACAAAACACCACAACCGAGCCAAGCGCGCCGCCACCGAAUUGCUGGUUGAUCAAUCGGCCGCCAGACAGACGCUAGACGACGGUAGGCCUCCUUACCCAACAGUAAUGGACCACAACUACGGCAGGUCCUCAGAGGGUUCCAGUGACAGCAGUGUUCUGGACGAGAGCGCCAACACUGAGACGGAAGUAAACGUGAGCUCCGCCACUGAUGCAGAGACCACGCAGUAUAUCAAUAGCACAUCACUACCAUUGUUACAGGCAAUGCCGUACUCUGUUAUACAAAGUACACACCCAGCAGUAGAAGCCAGGAGACAUGAAGAUGAGGAAUCUACAAGGUCAACUGCUGAAGCAGGCAGCAGUACAGAACAUGUAAAUAGCAGAACAAGUGCAAAGCAUGAAGAACAUAAAACAGAGGAUUCCUCAGAAAGAACCAGCAGAGAACCAGACAGCCAGAACCACAUUGAUGGGAAAAUUGUAGAACCACCGCCACCAGCAGAAACAUCGGACCCCAGCUCCAGUGACAGAAACCUAAAUGUUAUAGCUGAAGUAAAUAUGUUUGCCAGUCAGUCAGAAGAAAGAUGUGGAGGUUUAGUAGAGCUAGAGGUUAUUACGUAUGAAGCAGAGGAGACCCAGGACCCUGCCCCAGAGGAUCUGAAGCAAGAAAUACUGUAUAAAAGGGAGGCAGAGGAACGGAAGCAACAGGAUGUUACUGAGCGAACUGCUGUCACAGAGGCCGCAAAAAAGACAGGGAUAGAAUUUGGUCCAUCAUCCAAUCAAAAUGACCAGGAACAGGCGAUUGCAAGUCCCAGUGAAGGGAGUUUGACACCUGCCAGGACCCUGGGCCCGCAAGAGACUAAAGCUGAAACCCAGGUUAAAACAGAAAAGAUCCCAACAGCUGAGCCGAUACUGCCCGACCCGACCGAACCCCGCAGGGAAGAGACGUUAGCUAACUGUUGUGGAGUUCACCAAGUGGCCGAGAAUCUCGGGAGCCCGCCUGGCAUCCAGGCUGACCUAGCUGAAGAGAUCAGGAUUGUACCAGUGGCUGAGGAAUCCAUCGCUGCUCCAGAGAGCGCCGCUGAGGUACAGUUGGUCCAUGGCGUCCAGGAACCCGAUGACAGAACGGUGUCCAGCUCCUCUGAGGUUGUAGUUACAAACAGUGAAGAACAUGUGGGAAGAACGGUGUAUGAACGUGUGACUGUACAAGAGCCAGAAAUCACCUCCAACCUUGGUUCUGCAACUUCAUCACAGGGAAUGUGUGAAGUGGCCCCUGCUGAGGAUACACAACCUGAGGUUAUGCAGAGCGUCCACACCUCCACAAGUACUUAUAGUGGUGUUUCAGCACAGUUGACUCUUACGAAUCCUGACAGUAGACAAACAGAGUAUGAGUGUGUAUCUGAAUGCGUCACUGUACAAGAAACUCCAAACCUGGUUUCUACGACAUCAGACACACCACCCACUGAGAAAUUGGAACCGGAUGGGACCCAGCACCUUGAUGUCACACCAGGUACUUCUAGGGACGGCCCAGAACUUCUACCUGAUACUUACAGUGGGGUUAUAGCUGACUGUGUGGAUGGUGGAGAGGUUCAACCACAGGUCACCCUGAGUUCUUCGACAGCAAACCUAGGAGAGAAGACAAACAAGGUUAUCAGUGAGGCUACAAUGGAGGAGGAGGUGAGCCUGAAGCUUGACGAUGACAGUGCAGUCCCAGGUGUAUCUUCUCAUGGUCCGGACCAAAUGGUGGUUCAACCAUUGAACAGUGAGGCCCAAGAUAAUGCAAAUGUGGAAUCUACAGCAACAUUGGUGAUAACCAGCACUUUGCCAACACCAGGUAUGCUACAUUUUGAGGAGGCCAGUACAGAUUUAUCAAUUUCAACAACUGUACCAUCUGUAAAUGAAAACAAUGAAGUUGUCUUUGAAUGUUUAGCUGAAACAUCGGUCAAUAUGUAUUCUACAGCAACUGAUGACCAGAUACAUGGACAUGCACAAGUUAUAAUGGAAGGUGUUCUACACAGGGAAACCCAUUCAGCUGAUAACGGGAGUGUAGAUGUAGACACUAGACUUGAACAGGUCAGGAUGAAUGCUGUUAGUAAGGAAGGAGAAACUAUAAUCUCUGAAUAUGUACAUGAACAAAAGACUGAGAUGAACAGAAUGUCAAAAGAGAUUUCCCUCAGCGCACCUUCUGACAAGUUGGCGGACAAGGAGAUCCAGAGGUUUAACGAUGACUACACCGGUAUGUCUAGUGAGGCUCCCAAACAUCUGACACUUUCAACCUCUGAUUGUGCUCCAUAUAUGGAGAUGACUGAAACCAAGCCACAUCUUUUCAACCAAGCCCUGGAAAAUGAAAAUCAAGAGCAGGAGGAACAAAGUACGGGCACGUCGAAAGAUGGAGCUAGCCAGCUGAUCAAAUAUGAAAUGGUUGCUCAAAGUAUUCCUGUCCAAAGCCCUGAGAUAGCAGCAAUGAGCAUGACCGUGCCAUCACAACAAGCAGCAACUCCAUUUCCCAACAAGGAGAUUCAAACUCAGAAAGAAGUCAUGGCUAUGGACAAACACCUAUUGAUUGCAAAUUCUCAAGGAAAUCUAAAUCAAGGCAAAAGUUAUGAGGAUGUGAUUACCACUGAAUCCAAGGCUGCCCCAGAGGCUGAGUCAUACGAAGUCAUGCACACUACCAGCACACCAGAGGAAAUGCAUGAGCAGGAAAAAAACGGGCGUGGAGGAGAACCAGGAAACCAUAGUGGUAUUGAACAUACCCCCACUUACGACAAGGAAAAAGAAGCGGAUAAGUAUGAUAAGAUGGCAGCAGAUUUGCAAACCGCAACCACAGAUGGUGUGCCUAACUUCAUAACUGCAGCAGAACAGCAAAUCCAGGUGUUUCAUGAAGAACCAAUCGCUGCGGUAAAUAAUGUUGAAGAAGGAUAUUUGAUUUCCAAUGCUGAACUUCUGGAUAAGGACUCUACAACGGAAGCAGUAGCCUACGUGACAUCGGGUGACAAGGAAGAAACAACAUCAGUGGAGGAGAAAUCACAUUCUGUCCGUGAAGAUUUACAAGAAGGGGCUGGAUGUGUCAUUGAUGAGGUUGAGGUUAAUGCGUCACUCGGUUCCACAAUAGGUCAAGGUCAGGCACAGGUUAACAGCGACGUGAUUGUAUUGGUCUGUGAUCAACCAGAGGGCCUAGAAGUCGUUGAGUCUUCCACUGUAAAUAAGCCUGAUGCGGAGGAUGUCACUGAGCAGAUGGAGACCGUCUUUCAGUCAGAAGGGGAGCCAAAAGAUUUCCAGGUUGUGUAUGAAGCCAUUAGUAGCCCAGAGAGCACCAUAGACGAGGAGGUCAGUGUUGUGUCAGGAAUCAUUCAGUUACCCAAUGUGCCGAAGAAGGAUACCCAAGUGGUGGAAGUUCAUUCUGCUGCCAUCUCUGCAACAAGCGAGGUAAACGUACGGUUAAUUCCCGUACAAGAGGCCGAUGAGCAUAUCAAUGGAAAAACUCCAGCCUGUCUCCCAGACAGCCAAUCAGACAUGGAUAAUAUUGAAACGAUGACGUGUGAGGAAACUGCAGAGAGUUUUUAUGUGUUGCCCAUUGAGCACACCAACGGUGCGGCAGACAUGGGAGAUGUUCUUAUGGUCGCCACCAGCGAUGAAGUCGCAGAGCCUAACAUCCAAAAAACAGAGGCCAUGGCAGAUGUUUUGGAGAUCACCAGCGACAACGUCCCGCAGCCUAACAUCCACACAACAGAGCCCAUGGCAGAAGUUUUGGAAGAGACCACCAGCAAAGACAUCAAAGAGCAGAACAUCCUAAACAGAGAACAGAGGCUAGAGGGACUAAUGGUGACCACCGGCAAUGAAGUCCCGAGGCAGAACCUCCUAACCACAGAGGAAAGGAGAGAGGUUCCCGUCUUGACCACCAGUGACGGAGUCUCGGAGCCGAGGUUCCAGAAGUACAAAGAGAUUGGAGAGGUGCUGGUUGUUGCCACCAUUGACCACAUCCCAGAGAUAAACAUCCAAAACACUGAGGAGAUGGGAGAGGUUCCCAUUGUGACUACCAGCGACAAAGUCCCAGAGCAGAACAUCCAACAUGCAGAAGAGAUUGUAGAUGUUUUUGUGGAGACCACUAGCAAUCACAUCCCGGAGCAGAGCUUCCAAAAGAAGGUAAAGAUGGCAGAGGCACUCGUCGUUGCCGAUAGUGAGAAAAUACCAGAGCGUAACAUCCAAAAGACUGAAGGAAUGGGAGGUGUUUUGGUGGUGGCCGCCUGUGACAAUAUUCUGGAGCAGACCAUGCAACAGACUGAAGGAAUGGGAGAUGUUUUGGGUGUUACCACCUGUGAGGAUAUGCCAGAGCCGACCAUAGAACAGAUGGAAGGAGCACCAGAGUCCGUAGAAAUGCAGAAGGACAACGGACUUCAAGAACUGUCCCAGGUGACACCGAUCGCCACAUCGAUGGCCCCAAGAGAACCAACACCUGACAGUUUGUCUCAGGAGGACGUCAUGGAGUCCCUCACUGUCCCAGAGAGUCCUGAUCAAGCAGACAUCAUCACCCAGGCAGCGGCAGCCUCUGGCCUCAACACAUCGCUGUCGGAACACUUGAACUCAGACGGGCAGAUGGUAGAAGCUGACCAGGUGUUGAAUCUAAACGGAGCCUCUCAGAGCCUCUAUUCUGCCAUCGGCGUCCAUCAGUAUCAACCCAUGGAGCAGAGCACCGUGACGGGUUCAAAUGAAGAAGCAAGAGAAGAUAUGGAGGUCAGGUCUUCAACAAAUACUUCGCCAGUGGCACUGCUGGAGAACUAUAUUCCAUCAGCUCCAAAUCCUGAUCAGCAAGAGAAGCAAUCUGCUGAGAAAAACCUAGAUGCCACUGAGCAUGACAUGGAACCUUCUGCUGUCUGUGAAACACAAAUGACAGCCUAUGAGAACGCAAGUGUUGACAUGACUAGGGGCGUAGAGACGAGCAUGGACAAUGCAGAUUCUGAUAUGCAGAUUUUGGUUGACAUAGAGCUCGGCCACCAGGUCGAGGUACAGGAUGAGAGCGAAAUGGAAGACCCAGAUCUUGUCAUAAUAGAAAAGUCACAAUUAGCAGCGGAAAUGCCUUCAUUGGAAGUAGAAAAUGGGGGAGAGAAGAGCCCCAUCAUUAAGGCAGACAGCAACUCAACUAUCGCAGACGGCACCACAAGUAAAAUCACCACAAGUAGCACAGACAAAAGCGUUCAGAAGGCAGAGGAGACCAACAAAACCAGCACGCCAAGCAUCAUUCCCGAGCCAAAGGCAGAAGUGACUGUGGAAAAGCCCAAGAAGCAGCAGAUGAACACACAGGCCAGAACCAAAGCCCGCCUGGCUGCACUCGCUGAGCAGAAGGCCGCUGCCUCAAAGAGGGCGGCCCAGAAGCAGCAGCUCAACCUCCUGGCACUGUGUGAGGAGAUCGCAGAAGACAUUGCCACGGACAGCAUGCUGUUGAAGAGGAUCGAGGAGGAAAAAAUUGCUGCCGCCGCCAAGAUGGAAGCCUUGAAGAAGGAAAGCCGAUCUGUUGAAAUGCAGGAAGCCAUCGUUGUUCCUCCUACUCCUGCUGGAUCCCAAGCAUCUUCUCCACCUGUCAACACCACCGAUGGGGCUGAAGCCGCAAAGCCCACCACUGCCACCACCAUCAACCCCCCAGCAGAGCCAGCUACCGCCAAACCGGUAGUUCCAGAACCACCCAAAAGAAGGUUCUUCGUCAGCCAGAUCGUUGUUCCCCUUAAAGCCCACGAGAAGAAGAAGCUGACAAGGUACCAGCGGCUACGACAGGUAGAGCUUCAGCGCGAAAAGAUGUCCUGGACUCGUGUGAAGAAGCUCAAAACUGACCAAGCACAUCAGAUGUUGUUUUCGGAUAUUGAUUUUGAUUCUUCUAAUCCGUUUCUAAUGCCUCCUGUGGCGACACCUUCGACUCCCAUUGCUAAUAAGCCCAGCGCAACUUACACAAGUACAGCCUCAACCAGCGCUUCAACAAUCAGCGCUCUGCCUGCUAUGCCUCAGGUCCCUGAUGCUGCUGUUGCCAAACCGGAUCAAUCCAAGACACCAGAGCAAUCUAAGGCAGUGACUACACCAGACCUGCCUCUGGUGGUUACGACACCAGACCCGUCUAAGGUGGUGGCGACACCGGAACCAUCUAAGGCAGACCAAAAGGUGACAGCCACCAAAACAGACCAAAAGGUGACGGCAACUCCGGCAAGGCCAGGGAGACCGCGGCGGGAGGCAGCAUCACCGAAAGUUGAACCUGCCAAGGUUGUAAGUUCCAAAGUGGAGACAAAGAAGACUGAACCACCCAAAGUAACUUCGGCUAAGGGGCCAACGCCUAAAGUAACCCGAUCAUCCACCAGAAAGACCCUUCCAGCCAAACCUCCUCCCAUGCCCAACGGUAUGAAUUCUCAGAAGGCAAAAUCUGAGGUGGAGUAUAAACCAUACAGACCCCGGCCCAAGUACACUUUUGAGGACUUUGAACUGGAUGAUGACCCACCUCCAGUAGUCCAAAGAAGACCCAUGCCUCAACAAAGGCCUGGACAGCAACCAGGCCCAAGCCAGCAGUCCACCUCCAACACUCAAGUUAGGCCCACGUCUCAGUCCACAAACCCCACAGCUCAAUCUAGAACGACACCUCCAUCAAAACCCAUGUUCUUUUCACAGUCUAAGCUACAGGGCACACCUGUUAGGCAAGCCUCAAGCCAGUCAAAGCCUGUGACCUCAACUCCAGUUAUGUUAAAGCCGACGACUUCAACUCCAGUUCAGUCAAGGCCUGCAAUUUCAUCUACAGUUCAGUCAAAACCUCUUACCACAACAGCUUCCCAGUCAAAGCCUGUUGCUAUCACCACUUCCCAAUCAAAGCCCACAACUUCAGCUACUGGUCAGCUGAAGCCCGCCACUUCAAACGCAUCCCAAUCCAAGCCGAUGACUCCUACCGGUCAGUCAAGGCCUGUCACAUAUAAGGCUCCCCAACUAAAACCUUUCCAUUCAACUGUUGCUCAGUCCAAACCGUCCAUUGCAGCUGCCCCACAGUCGAAGACCACAAUUGCUGCAGCAACUCAGCUCAUUUCUGCUGUUCCAUCUAAACCGACCCUGAAGGUAUCGGACACCGCUGGUUCGGUACCAGGCAAGGCCAUUCCCUCUGGACCCCCUGCGCCCCAAACACCACAACCCACGGCGGACCAGGCGCCCAAGCCUCAGCCUGGCUCUCCUAAAGAAGAGCUGGAAGUGAAACCUGCCGUGGAGACCCCAUUGUUGAUACCUGCCGUUCCACAGCCUAACGCUUCCAUGGAGACACUGAGCGUCCAACCCCCUGCUAUACCACACAACGUCAAACACCAGGACUCCACCGAUGAGGUGUCUCCUCCCCCUCCAUCAUCUUUACCUCCGCCGCAGAAGCAGCAGACGUCUUCAAACAUGAUGGAGCCGAAGGAAGAGAAGGCUGAAGUCAAAUCUCCACCGCCCUCGCCCAUGAAAGCCUCCCCUCCUGAUGAGCAGGCGGAGGCUUCCAAGCCUGCGGAGAAGACCCCGGCCCAGCCUUCUGAACACAGGGUGGCGAAGGCGGAGAGCAACACCACUCCUCUCUCGGAGGCGGCCCUGCAGAAGGAGGUGAAGAAGCUGAAGGAUACAGACAAAGAUGGCAGCCAAACCAUCAUCGACGCGGGGCAGAAGCACUUCGGGGCGGUGGCCUGCAGUGUGUGUGGGAUGCUGUAUUCUGCUUCCAACCCCGAGGAUGAAACCCAGCACAUCCUCUUCCACAACCAGUUCAUCAGCGCCGUCAAAUACGUGGGUUGGAAGAAGGAGAGGAUCCUGGGAGAGUAUCCGGACGGGAAGAUCAUCCUGGUCCUCCCAGAUGAUCCCAAGUACGCCCUGAAGAAGGUGGAGGAGAUCAGGGAGAUGGUAGACAACGACCUGGGCUUCCAGCAGGUGGAGACAAAGUGUCCGUCCCAGACCAAGACCUUCCUGUUCAUCUCCAACGACAAGAAGGUGGCCGGCUGCCUCAUCGCAGAGCACAUCCAGGAGGGCUACCGGGUGAUCGAGGACCCGCCCCCACAGGGCUCGGAGAAGGAGCAGGUGAUGUUCGAGCGCCAGAGGGCGUGGUGCUGCUCGUCGACGUCGGAGCCCGCCAUCUGCGGCAUCAGUCGUAUCUGGGUGUUCAGUAUGAUGAGGAGGCAGGGCAUCGCCUCGCGCAUGAUCGAGUGCCUCAGGAACAACUUCAUCUACGGCUCGUGUCUGGGCAAGGACGAGCUGGCCUUCUCAGACCCCACGCCGGACGGCAAACUGUUCGCCACGCGGUACUUCGGCACAUCGCGCUUCCUGGUGUACAACUUUGUUAGCGGCACGAGUUCCUCAGAGCCCAAGACUGCCGCCGUGUGACCAGAUCCAAGAUAACGGUAACCAUAACGAUCUGGGACGAUGGGAUGUCCGACCACGGGACUCGACAAGGACUUGUCUCACCGUUCACCCCCUGACGAGUUAGCUCGUUAACCACAGAGCCAAUCACAAAUGACUGGACACUGCUCCUAUUGGGUUUCAAUCUCAGGUUGAAAAGCAACAAGCUGUUGUUAAACAAAAUUCACAAUUUAGUUUUAGCCCUUCGCCCCCACACUAUAUUUUCUUUAGAAUUUAAGUUGACAUUAUUUUCAUUAAAAAUUAUACGUUUUACACGCAUGACUCGACAGCAAUAGAACACAAAGAACAUCUCUCUUGUUUGGUGUCCACUUUAACGUUCACUUUUAAUUUGAAAUCCCCCAUUGUCAAACUAGGGAAUACGGCAGCAUUGACUGCUAGGGACUGUAGGGGUUAGUCAAAACAAUAAAGUCGCACACAUUUGAGAACCUUCUGGGCCUUCAUGGUAAUCCUCCCUACAGUGAAGACCCCGCGUCACCUUAUUGGCAAGGGAUGUUGGGGUACAUGGUUCACGAUUGGUCGGUUGGAUAUUGGGGGUGUGGUUACAGCAGUGGGUUUUGGUUAUUGCAGCGGAUUUAAAUCCAACUGCCCCUUUAGACGUGUCUAUUGGCUGAAAGCUAGAUUACCGCAUAUAUCAAUCUGGCAUACUGUGCACGUUGUUACUUGUUGGGAGGCAUAAGACCAGAUAGAAGAUCUCACUUUAGCACACGUUGUUGCUGUUGUGAAACGUAAACGCUGCACUAUGCACACAAUCAGCCAUCGCACUUUAGCACAAGGCUACACAUCCCUCUCACUGUUUUGAAGGAAGGCGUUUCGAUGCUGAACGGAACCAAAGCUAUCUGCUAAGCUAGCAACCCGCCCACAGGGAAACUGCCAGCUGCCACUCCCCAUAAUAUCAAAAGGUUGUUUUAAAGGUCCCAUGACAUGAAAAUCUCGCUUUAUGAGGUUUUCUAACAUAAAUACGAGUUCCCCUAGCCUGCCUAUGGUCCCCCAGUGGCUAAAACUUGCGUUUGGUGUAAAACGAGCACUAGCUGUUCUGUUCGCCUUUCUAAAAAACGGAGGCUCAAGCAUGCUGAUUUGGAAUGUCUGCCAGUCCAGCCAUAGGGAAACAUCUUCUGAAGUAGUUCAAAAUACACAUUUUACGUGGACAUGAUCAUACAUUUCGAGUUUUACCGCCCCUUUUCAUUUGGGACAUGGGAGAUAUAAUCCAGGAGAAGCCUGGCUCAGAACAGACAUCGGGGCAUUAUAUGUACGUGUUCGAUGUUUCUUUACUUUUCAUGUGGCCUGACACAUUUCCUGAGCUGAGCCAGAUUACCGUGCAGUAACUCAGCAAAACUUGGUUGCCUAGUAACCAAACGGUUGUUUUUUAUAUUUGAAAUAAGUAUGUUACUUUGUUUUGUGCCUGGACUGAGACCUGAGUCAAACUCGACACCUGUUCAUGUUUUCCACACUUGUAUUUUUUCCACACGCUCUUACUUUGUAGCUGACAAUGUUGAGUUCUAUUAGUUGGCGUUUUAGCGCUGUGUAACAUCCAUAUGGUAUAAAUGUAUAUGACUUUUAUCAAGUGAAAUUCUAAAUGCUAUAUCCUACGUUUUUAUGAUCAUGGAGAAGACGCUCAGGUGUGAGCAGUGUAUAUUGUUGUCCAUACGGCGAACAGGAAACAGGAAGUCAACAUCGAUGAUCAUCGUUUAGCGACACCUACCGGUGUCAUCGCUCUGCUUCGCCCCUUCCUGUUUGAAAUGUCGCUUUUAGAACGAUGUCUUGUGUAUGAAAACAUUUGAUUUAUACGAAGCUGUUGAUGUAAAUAUUUAUUUAAGUAAUAAACAAUUUUUAAAAAUGUUAUAUCCGUUCCUUUAUUUGAAAGAAGGGCAAGGCGUUUACCCGACACUGCAGUUGGUUUGUUACA